AAGAGGUCGAAAGAGCGGAUUACUUAUAGCAUCAGUCGACCAACACAGUGCGUUAAUAAACAUUGCUCCUUGUGAAUCAGCAGCAACACAUUUUUAAAAUGUUUGCUAAAAUUUUGUGGGUCUUUGUGACAGUGAUCGUGCUAUUUGGCGUUUACACUUACGCUCAACUCAUGUCGCUGGUUUGCUUAAACUGUUUAUGCGAAAUUACCACAGGAUGUAAUACUACUAUUGGUUGCGAUGACACGUCGUGUGGACCCUUUUCGAUAACAAAAUCUUUUUGGGUUGACGCUGGCAAACCACCUCCAAACGGAAAAUCGAGCAAUGACGACGAUGCCAAUGUAGCUUAUCGCGAAUGUGCCAAAAAUAUAUACUGCGCUGGUUAUACAGUACAAGCGUACAUGGCUAAACACAGUCGGGACUGUAACGGAGAUGGAGUGAUCGACUGUGAUGAUUACGUACGUCUUCAUCGACUUGGCGCAUACGGUUGCACCGGCUUACUAAGCAAUGUUUACGAAAAUAGAUAUAUGUUGUGCUUACAAACCUUCCAACAUAAAUAA